AUGGCUCCCGGGAGCAUUGCCUCCAGCGACACCUCGACCUCCGUGACCUCCACGACCUCCACGGUGGGGUUGCCCGGGUCGUCUGGGACUGAAAAGCCAGGCACAAGCCACAGCAGUGUCCGAGCGCCACGCCGCCACCCUCCCGUGCUGCACAUGGUGCUGGAGGCGCUGCAGGCAGGGGAGCAGCGCCGGGGCACCUCAGUAGCGGCCAUCAAGGUUUAUAUCCUGAACAAGUACCCUGCCAUGGAUGUCAUACGGCUCAAGUACCUGCUGAAGCAGGCCCUGGCCACAGGCAUGCACCGUGGCCUCCUGGCCAGGCCCACCAACUCCAAGGCCAGGGGGGCCACCGGCAGCUUCAAGUUAGUUCCCAAGCACAAAAGGAAAAUCCAAUCCAAGAAGACAUCCACCACGACGGCCCCCAGGAGACCCGGUGAGGCCAAGGGGAAGGGCCCCAAGAAACCGAGUGAGGCAAAGAAGGACCCUCCCAAUGCAGGUGAGAUGAAGAAGGGACCCAGGAGGCCAGGAGAGGUGAUGACGGCUUCCCUCAAACCAGGUGCAGCCGAGAAGAAGGCCCCCAAGAAAGGCAGCCGGACCAAGGACCAAGAGUCAAGACUCGGCGAGGCCAGGAAGGCCCCCAGCCAGCCAGACAAGGCCACACGGGCCCCUCCUAGUGCCAGCGGGCCCGGCAGGAAGUCAAAGGUCAAAGGCGGAAGGAGCAGCCAAGCAGAUGCUGAGGCCCACAGGAGAACGAAAGCUGGGAGUCAGAGUUCAAAACCCACGGUCACUAAGGGCAAGAGUGCUACUGCUUCCCCAGCCAGAAAGAAGGUGGGGAACAAGGUCCCCAAGGAGGCCACUGCCCAGGGAGCCAGGGAGGGGCCAAAAGUUAGGGCCACCGCUCCUUCUAAGGGCAGUGGGUCCAAGACGAUGCCUGCACCACUGGCCGGGAAGACAGAGGCGCCCAAGGACCCGAGAAGGCCUUGCACGUCCACCAAGGCCUCAACGUCCAACGUGGCCAGUAAGAAGCCAGAGCCGAGAGCAAGAGGCGGGGUGGAAAGAGACUGA